AUGUCCAACACAAUAUCAAUCCGCAAUUCUAGUUCAAAACCUGUUCAUGAUUUCAACGCGCCUGACUAUUUACCACCAAUAGAUAAAACUACAUCAAAAGCUCCUGAAUAUUUACCACCAAAUAUUGAAACGAAAGUUCCAGAUGUGAAAUCAACUACUGUUACACGUCCUGAUGAGCGAGGAGAUAUACCUGAUGAAGAUUUUACUACAAUUUCACCAGUGAUAGUUAAGCUUGUUCCCCCUGAUGAUGCGACAGCGGGAGAGCCUCCUGACACACCCGUACUAUCAAUCUCAUCUUCAAGAUUUACUAUACCCACAACAGACACUUCUGAGAGUAGUAUUCUAAUGGAAGAAAAGUCACCUUCUAUGACAACCCCAUCCUUUGAAGAGAUUGAAAACUUACCUCGCGAAGAUAUUGAAUGGAGGUACCCAUUUAAACCCACGCCCGGAUUAUCUGGAGCAGCACCAGCAAUGGCUAUGCCUGUACCGCCCGAACCUAAUGAUAAUGAUAGUUUACCAACUCCUACGUCAACUACAACUACAAAAAUACACGAUCAUCAUAAAAUUGAUGAAUCUUGUACACCAUCUUACCACCACACCGGGCCGGUAUACUUACCUCCUAAAGAUUCUAAAACGACAGUCCCAGCAUUGCAUACGCCACAAUCUCCUACACCAAAACCAGCAACGGCUAUGCCUGUACCGCUUGAACCUGAUUAUGAUCCUCUACCAACUCCGCCAUCAACACCAGCAACAAUACCCGAUCAUCUGAUGGAAACGGCAUUGCAUACGCCACAAUCUAAUACACCAAAACUAGCAACGGCUAUGCCUGUACCGCCUGGACCUGAUGAUGAUGAUCCUCUGCCAACUCUGCCAUCAACAAUACCCGAUCAUCAGAUGGAAGAAUCUCAUCCACUGUCAUCUUUCACAGGACCGGAAUAUUUAUUUCCUGAUACUAGAAUCAUACCUAUACGUGCCUAUACGUACUCGUACAGUGGAAAACAAUUAUGA